AUGCCGGCAGCAGCAACCUUCCUGCCCGCGGUAGCAGUUAUCGUCUUCUUGCCCGUGCCGGCAGCAGCAACCUUCCUGCCCGCAUUAGCAGUUAUCUUCCUACCCACCGACCUAGUCCCCGACGGGCUAGUCCCUAACGACCCGGACUACGAGACCGAGCUAGCCCCCGACCUAGGCUACGAGACCGAGCUAGCCCCUAACCUAGGCUAUGAGACGGAUCUAGCCCCUAACUGCUUAGACCCGUACGACCUAGACUGCCUAGUUUACCUAUAUGCCGAGGAAGCCGACGAGGAAGCUAUCGAGGAAGCUAACGUAGAAGCCGUCGAGGAAGCCGAUAAAGAAGCCGACGAGGAAGCCGUCGAGGAAGCCGACGAGGAAGCCGACGAGGAAGCCGACGAGGAAGCUAAAGAAUAUUCCGACGAAGAAGACUACUAA